AUGAUGAUGGAAGUUCUUUUAGAAGAAGAUCAACCAUCUGACACAGAAUUUCCUUUACGUGAUGAACUUGUUGCUGAACAGGCUCUCAAAUUGUUUCGAAUUUGUGAUGAAAACGAAAAAGGAUUUAUUGUUAAAGCGGAUUUAGCGAAAAUUGAUGGAUUUAUUAACGAAAUGCCAAUUGAAAAAUUAGAAUCAUUUUUUGACAAUAUCGAUACGUCAAAAACGAAUAUUGUUACAGAAAGUCAAUUUAUUGAUAACAUAAAACCAAUUCUUUCUCGAAUGGAAAAAGGAGAAUCUAUAUCUAAAUGUAUUCAAAACGCUGCCGAGAAGUCCAAACGUGAAAUCGUUGUAAGGCCACUGUUACAGACAGAUUUGUAA